AUGAAGAGAUCGAAGGUAAUGGCCACAGCAUCCAUCCGGCUUUUCAACUCGCUCCACCUGAAUCUGCAGUCCAGAACUCGACUUCUGCAUUCUCAGUCCCAGGUGACGCGGUACUCCCACCUUUCCCCAGAUUUCUCUUCCAUUGGUUCACCACAAGUUUACAUUUCUGCUUUUACUGCUAGCCACCAAAAACUGUACUUCUCAAUAAAGCCAAACUCGAUUGCGGAACUGAUUUCAGCCAAUGAAUGGUCGGAUGUGAUAGAACAGGAGCUUGAAAAAUCAAAUCCAACAUUAAAGCACGAAAUUGUUCUUUAUGUUUUGAAGAAACUCGAUAACAACCCAGAAAAAGCUUGGAAUUUCUUCAAGUGGGUUUCUGAGAAACAUGACUUUAAACCCAAUUAUCCGUUGUAUAGCUUAAUGCUCAGAAUUUUAGGUCGGAAGGAAUCGAUGGACGAGUUCUGGGUCAUUGUCAAGAACCUGAGAGAUGGGGGUUUCCAUAUUGAUAAGGAAACAUAUGUAACACUUGUGAGUAAUUUCAAGAAUGCAAAGAUGGCGGAUGAUGCUGAUGCUCUAACUAAAUUGUACUCUGAGAUGAUUGAAGAGGAUGUCACGGAGUCUACCGUGAAGGGUGUUGUUGAGUUCGUUAUAGGGUCGGAUUUGAAUGAUGAGGUCGAGAAGAAAGUGGAACUCGAGCUUUCUCUAUCAGAAAAUACCAUGUUGAGGAUCUUAAAGGAACUUCGUGGACACCCUUUAAAGGCUUUAGGUUUUUUCCGCUGGGCUGCAAAGCAUCUAGGUUAUAUACACAAUACUGUUACUUAUAAUGCAAUGCUUCGGAUUCUCGGGUCCAAUGAAUCAAUUGAGGAAUUUUGGAACAUGGUUAAGGACAUGAAGGAUGCGGAUCAUGCAAUCAAUAUUGACACUUACACAAAAGUUUCAAGGCAAUUCCAGAAUGGAAAGAUGAUUAGGGAUUUGGUGGAACUUUAUGAGCUAAUGAUGGAUGGCCCCUACAAGGCAUCAGAUCAGGAUUGUAGUAAGCUUUUACGGCUGAUCUCGUUGACUGGCAACCCAGAUAUGGAUUUGGUAUUCAGAGUUGUAAAGAAAUACGAGGCAGCAGGGUAUUCCCUUUCUAAGGCUGUUUACGAUGGGAUCCACAGAUCUUUGACUAGCAUUGGAAAAUUUGAUGAAGCAGAAGAGAUUUUGGAGAAGAUGAGAAAUGCAGGUUAUGAACCUGACAACAUUACCUACAGCCAACUGGUUUAUGGACUCUGUAAAGCAGGGAGGCUAGAGGAAGCCUCUAAGACCUUGGAUGAGAUGGAAGCACAGGAUUGUGUUCCUGACCUCAAGACUUGGACCAUUUUAAUUCAGGGGCAUUGCAUGGCUGGUGAAGUUGACAAGGCAUUAGCUUGUUUCACUGAGAUGGCCGGCAAGAACUUGGAUGCCGAUGCUGAUCUCUUAGAAGUUCUGGUGAAUGGUUUGUGUACUAAGAAUAAGGUAGAUGAUGCAUACGCUUUGAUCAUUGAGAUGGUGGAGAAGGCCAAGUUGAGACCUUUGCAAGCUACAUAUAAACUUUUGAUUCAAAGGCUACUUGGAGAAGGGAAACUCAAGGAAGCAUUGAACCUUCUUUGUUCAAUGAAAAAGCAAAAUUUCCCACCAUUCCAGGAACCUUUUGUUCAGUAUAUAGCAAAGUCCGGGACGAUAAAGGAUGCUAAGGAAUUCUGGAAAGCAUUAAGUGUAAAGGCACACCCAUCUCUUUCGGUUUACCUGAAUGUCUUCAAUUCUUUCUUCAGAGAAGGAAGGCAUUCUGAAGCUCAAGAUUUGCUUUACAAGUGUCCUCGUCAUAUUCGCAAUCAUUCUGACAUUUUGAAUCUCUUUGGUUCUACAAAAAAUGGGACAGUUCCUAUUUGACCUUGUGCUAAAACAAUUACAAUGUCACUCAUAACCAUGUAUUGAUAUGGUAUCUUUGAUGGGAUGCCCUAAGGUAGAAGAGCUCAAAUCCAACUUCACUAUUAGUAGUUGAGAAAUUGAUUUGUUAUUGAACAAAUUGAUUAUCCCGUGGAAAAUGGAAAUUUUAUUCAUACA